CACACGAACUCGCAUAAAUCGGGUGGCGGGUAAAGAGAACGGUCGCUUCUGUGACUCAGGGGUCAUACCCGAGAGAGAGAGAGAGAGAGAGAGUGGGAGAAGAUGGGAGAUUUGUACGCCUUGGACUUUGAUGGAGUACUCUGUGAUAGCUGUGGCGAGAGCUCUCUCUCCGCCGUCAAGGCUGCCAAGUUGAGAUGGCCCGGGAUAUUCGAAUGUGCGGAUUCGAACUUGGAGGGUUGGAUUGUUGAUCAGAUGCACAUGGUCCGACCUGUUGUAGAAACUGGAUAUGAAAAUGUGCUACUGGUGAGGCUGCUGCUGGAGAUGAGAAUACCAUCUAUUCGGAAGUCCUCGGUUGCAGAAGGGCUCACAACUGAGGGGAUAUUGGAUAAUUGGUCAAAGCUGAAACCUGUCAUUAUGGAAGAAUGGGAUGAGAAAAGUGAUCCUUUAAUAGAUCUUUUUGGGAAGGUCAGGGAUGAAUGGAUGGAGAAGGAGUUGGCAACCUGGAUUGGUGCAAAUAGAUUCUAUCCAGGUGUCCCAGAUGCUCUGAAAUUCGCAAGCUCAAAGGUGUAUAUAGUCACCACAAAACAGAGUCGAUUUGCAGAUGCAUUGCUGCGUGAGCUUGCCGGAGUAACUAUACCACCUGAGAGAAUCUAUGGCCUGGGAACUGGCCCCAAGGUUGAGGUGCUGAAGCAGCUUCAAGGGAAACCUGAACACCAGGGGUUGACACUACACUUUGUGGAAGAUCGGCUUGCAACCCUAAAGAAUGUCAUUAAAGAGCCUGAAUUGGAUGGAUGGAAUUUGUAUUUAGGGGACUGGGGAUACAACACUCUGAAAGAGAGAGAGGAAGGAGCUAGCAUCCCUAGGAUUCAUCUUCUCCAGCUUUCUGAUUUCAGUAAAAAGCUGAAAGCUUAUGCAAACAAUAGAAGUGGCAUUUAAGCUACUUGGGCUUGUGAACCCAAUCCAUGGGCUGACUGCUACCCAUGUGGGAGGUACAAAACUUUGUUAUUGCACAAACAAAAAUUUAUCCAUUGAAACUUGUUUUAGGGAACAAACCAGCACCAGGGUAAAGUGUGCUUAUCUGUUCAUGGGACCUGAUGCGCCAUUCCAAUGGUUGAUCAUGCUCAAGAAGGGUUGAAUGUGAAUGUUAUUUUUCAACAGGAACAAGUUGGUAACAAGACCAAAGAGUAUCUUUCAGUUUGGAAGAUUGCAAUAUGACAAGGUUUCUGAGUAAACAGGGAAAAACAAUAUUCUUAGGCACUAAACAGUUGAAUGAACUACAUAUUAUUGAAAGACUGGUGUUACAUUAGUUACGUAUCACGAGGAUUUGUGUCAACUACAAUUCAUCUUUUUUACGUGUAUUCUGCUCCAUGGUGCUAGCAUCA